GCUCCAUCCACCAGGUGAACGAAAGGAUUGCUGAAGUGGACCUGCCUCCCAAGCCGCUGGACAACAUCCUGGUCUUGUCCCUCCUUCCAAGGCCCUGACAAUAUUGGCUGCAGGGCAUCCAUUGACACCCAACCACCGAUUCAUCCAUCAUGCCUUAUCCCUGUGUUCUGUACUAGAGCAACGUGUUGGCACAUACGGUACCAGUGUGAGCCCUUUCCCCAUGGACACACACCUGCACACAUGCCAGUUCAGGAGAGAGACAGGGGAAGGCUCAGAGGCACUUCACCCGUCAACAAGCUCAGGCGACGGAGGCCUCAUCGUUUCCCCACUCCUGUGCCACCUCUUCCAGGCAGUCCUCCGUGACUGCUCCAGCUCACAUUAACCUCACUUGAGCGAAACCUAAAUUUACCAGUUUAAUUGUUGACUUAGCUCCCGGAAUAGAUUGUAAGUUCCUUGAGGGCAAGAACACAGAAUCACACUUCUUUGUUAACUUGGUUAUCUGGGCACGGUGGCUAACAAUCAGUACAACUUGUUGGGUCACUGACAUUCAUUUUUCUUUUCAUGAGUGUGUGUGGGGGGGGGAGGAGAGGAGGAGUCAGAGGUCAAGAGAAUCUUUUUGAGAGGUCAGGGGUACGAUGACCAAUAAUAAUAAUAGUUACCCUUUAUUGAGCAGCUCCUACGUGAUAGCCUCUGUGCUUGUGUUUUAAGAUGCAGUAAAUACUUUGUAUCUGAUCCUUGUAAGAACCCUGAAAGGUAGGUAUUAUUAUUCCCCUUUUCCCGAGAGAUUAAACAGUACCUUGGAUCUGCUCCAAACCCUACUCCUCAGAGGCGGAGCCGGGAGGUGCAGCUGGGAGGAGGAGCAUCGUGAGAGGGGGCAGGGUUGGGGGAUGUAUUAGUGGUGACACUCAGGAUGAGGCCAGUGGCCACCAAGAUCCUACCACCUGGGGGGAGACAGCAAAGGCUGUCACAAACUUUGCUCUGGGCCUUUUGCACGCCAACGGGCGAAAUGGCCUCGUCCCUGACCCCCCCCGCCCUGCGCCAGGAUUUGCAUCGCUCGCUAAUGCCCCAUUUCUUUUUGGUUUUUGAAGGCAAUUGAGAGAUUUGAGAUGGAGAAGAAAGCUUUAAAAGAGAAAAGCCGCUGCAGCUCGGAAGACAGAGGCAAAAGUCAAAGAAAAGCACCGGAUACUUGCAGUGGCUCAGUAUCCAGGAAUGUCCGAUCUAUCUCUAUUAAAAGGAGAACAGCAGAUAAAAAGCUGCUGGCCGAGCUCUACCAGUGCCCCCAGUUUAACGACUCGAAGCCGAAUGAGCUCCCAAACGGGGUGGACUUCUGUGACAUGGUGGCCAACGUGGUCCGGUCUGAGAGAAACCCCUUUACUGGCAAGUUUUUCUGUUCACAUAGAGACUUAGAGAAGUUUCUCUCUUCUCCUCCUAUACGAGCCAUGUGGCUGGAUAGCUUCUGGUGGAUCUUCCAUGAAAGGUACCAGCGAAACAGAGAGGUCCAGAACAAGCUGUUCGAGCGGAUAUCCCAGCAGUAUGCUUCGCUUCUGUUACAUGGGGCCAGGCCCCACUCGGAAGAGGCUAUCUUAAAAAGGUUGCCAUCGCUUCUGAGUAAAGGCCUGUACACCAGCUUCAGUUCCUGCUUCCCACAGUCCUGGCUCAACACACACGAAUUCAAGUCUGAUAUCUGUAACACCAUGAGCCUCUGGAUUUCAGGUAUAUAUCCCAGCCCACUGGGCUAUGACACUUGGGACUACUCGAACCUGGACCCAGAGAGGUUCCGGAGAGAAGGGUUAAUAUCGAGGAGAAGACGAUGGAGAAGGGGAAAUCAGAUGUCUCUCCUCAUUCCCAAGGCAUACUCUUCUUACAAGGCUGUCCAUAGCGGGAAAAUCCCCUGUUCUCAGUGGACUAGUGGACAUUUAAAAAGCAGGAGAAACUGUUUAUCCAAGAAUUCAGAGGACACCUCACAAUCACAGAACACCUCGCAAGAUUAUGGUCAGACUCAGGCCUUGAGGAAAGCUACACAAGUCAAGAAAAGAUCAGAAGCAAGAAUAUAUGAGAAUAUGCUUCCUAAGAAGUCUCACCCUGCCUGCAAAAUCCCCGAGAUGUCUUCCAACCUCUUCAACAUUUACGGGAAGAGUCCUCUGGUUGUUUACUACCUGCUGAACUACGCCACCCUGCGGCAGUGUGGCAGAGACGUGCUGAUGACCAGGACGGAAAUAACCACGACCCUCCCUGAGUCCAGCCUGACCUACGCUGAUGUCAUCAACCUGACCCUGUGCAACAUGAAGAAGCGAAGGGACAACCUCCUGCAGCUGACCCAGUUCCGGUGCAAUGAAUGGAGUUACUUUGACGAGUACCUAGCGGAGCUGCAGGACAACUUCCUCAGGGAGACGAAGAAUUUAGACCAAAGAGAAGCCGAUAAAAAAAGGGCAAACCGCACAUUCAUCCCACCUCCAGCCUUUUAUGAGGAAACCCUGGAAAAGAAACCUAAAGCCGACCAGGAGAAGGAGACCGAAUUUCUUCUAAGGAGGGAAAAAGAGGAGGAAGAGAGACAUAAGUUGUAUGACUCUUCCUUGCCACUUUCAAGUCAUGAUGAAAGCUCCUAUGAUGAUUCUGAUUUCAGAGAGAUGAGCAAGUCAAAAGCAAUGCAGAAAAAGACAGCCCCUCACCUUCUGGCCAAUCUGGAGGAAUCCUUGUCCAAGAACUGGGAGAACUUUCGGGAUGAAGCCUGCACAUGGGCUUAAUCUAAAACAGAAACAAGACAAAGAAAAAAUAAUACUUCAGCACAUCUAGUCAUUCCCAGUCCGUGGGAAAAAGAAUAUUAAAGUUCACUCCUACCCUGGGCCAAAGUCAAGAUGUAAAGUGAAGUUAAUUCACCUUCAUUCAUUCAUUCAUUCAUUCAUGCAUUUACUUACUAAUUUUUUCAUUCACUUGUUUAUUAAUGACACCAUGGAAUAUAUAAUAUUAUUAUGUAACAUAGUAAUCAUAGGAGACAUCAUUUUAUUGAGCACCUACUAUGUGUUGAGUGCUCUGUUAAAGUGUUUUUAAACAUUAUUUCUGUUACUCCUCC